UGGAACUGAUUAGACAUUUAAACCAAAGCGAGCAUUCUUUAAAUUUGUUUAACUUGACACCACCUGAAAGAUUUGUGUUAACCUCUAGCAGUUUAUCAUCUCACCUUGCAAACUAAGACUAAACACAUGGCCCUAAGUCACUGCUGUAGUGUAUUUAAUUACAAUAAUCAAAGUCGCUGUUAAAGUUCAGACGCCGUGAGACUCAGCGUGUAGUGUACACGUUGCUGGGCAACGCUGCUAAGCAACACAGGAGCUCGUUUAGGAGCUAACCGGGGCUAACACUGACGGUGGACAUAUUCUUCUUUGAUAACUGCGUACAACAUUAACACGAAACGAAAUGGCGUUCAGUGCCGGCUCUAUUAAACCCCCGCUGCAUGACCAAAUAACGGAAAUGCAGCGUAAAAUCCAACUCCUGGAGGGCGACAGAACUGCAUACUAUGAGAGUUCCCAAUCCACCAUUAAGAAGAACACAGAGUCCAUCCGCCAGCUGAGGCAGGAGAACAAGAGACUCUACAGGAAACUGGCAGAAGUUAAUGCUGGUGAUGAAAAUGUCAUCAAGAUGGCCUUUCAUAACAGAGGCAUGGAGAAAGAUGCCUACCGCAACAUGUCAGGGAAGGCAGCCCUGACAACGCUAGAGCAGAGGGUCCUGUCCAAGAAAAAGCGUCUCAAUGCCCUCAAACACUCCACCCAGUCCCAUGAGCGCCGCCUGGAUGAGCUGAAGAUAGAAUACCGGAGAAUGAAACCAGAAGCCAGCGGUGGAGCGCAGUCUGCUGAUGCUCGCGCUCGGAAAAAGGAGGAAGUUGCCAUGAAACUGCGGGCACUGGAGAACAGUCUGGAGAAGACCCAAUUUAAGUGCAAGGAGGCUGAGAACAUCAUGACUAACUAUCAGAAACUCAAAAGUCAGCUGCAGGAGGAGAGUCUGACUUUCCAAGGCCAGUUGGACAGUCUGGAAGCAGAAAUCCUGAAGCACAGAGAGGAGCUGCACAACAUGCAAGUCAUGAACAAUGACGCCCAGCUUUCUAAAGAAACUGCCAAGGCUGAGCUACAGCACCAGGAGGAACUACUCCACAAGGAGCGCAAGGAGAGAGAGCGCAUUAUAGCCAGCUACAGGAGAAAGGUUGAGGAGCGAAAGGCCCAGGCUGAGAAACUUGAUAAAAGGGCUCAGAGAACAACUAUGCAGCCAGAUGAGCUGAGCAGUGAGCCUCAGCGGAGCAGCCCCAGGGUGGCAGGUGAAGAGGAGAAGGCCAUCUCCACUUUUGAGGAGGCCUUCAGACGCAUCAAGGAGGCCACCAGAGUGACAGACAUUCAGGAGAUAGCGGAGCGCUUUAUCUCACAGAAGGACACGCACCAACAUCUGGAGAAGCUGAGAGAUGAGAAUGAGAAGGAGCUGCAGCAGCUGAAGGAGCAGAAGGAGCUCCUGAACCAACAGUUCCUGGAUAUGAAAUAUUCUGGAGAGGCUAAACUCUCCAGUGACCAACAGAUGCUGGAGGAGUGUGAGCAGCAGCUGCAGGCUCAGCAGCAGAGGUGUGAUGCAGGCGAAGAGCGGCUUGAUUGGCUUGUUAAAACUCUCGGUACUAUCCGAGCUGGAGUGGAGCACCUUGCAGACAAACUUCAACACAUCACACUGGAUGACGACAUAACGGCUGAGGUGUCUCCAGACUCAGAUGAGUUUGUGCUGGAGCUGAUGACUCAGUGUGAGCUGAAGUUGCAGUUGCUGCAUGAGGAGCUUCAGGGAAAGGAUCUGGCUGCUAUCAUGAAGAUGAUGGAGGAGGAGGAGUUCUAUGUCCGGAUCGAGGGGAAACUACCGGCUUACAACACCCGUGUCAAGCUGCCUGAGGACGAAAGACUGGACCUCUUCAAUGAAGAGGAUGAAAGUGAAGAGGACGAGGCUAGCGUCAUCUCACGGGACGUGCUGAAGCGUCAGUCUCAGCUGAUCAUCGACGCCAAUUCCAAGAAGAAAACGUGGAAGAAGAAGAAGGGCAAGAUGUGAUUUAACACCACAGUGUGUGUCAAGACUCAAGAAAAAAUAAAUGAUCUGUACCUAAACCUAAAAGUAUCAACCAAGUAUAUUUACUACUUUCUACUUAAACCAUUUAUUGUUUCUCCUUUGCAAUAUUAGACAUGCAAUUCUUAGAUGAUAUUCAUGAACAGAUAUAUUUGUGUCGUUGCUGGUUACAUGUUGAAUCAGUGGGUUUGUUUUGACAACAGGAAUGUUCUCAAUCAGGUGUCACUGUUGUACCAACACUCGUGUCUCCGCCUCUUUCACAGUUCAGAAUUCUACCGUCUGCCUCAUGGGAACUCAAUAAAAGCUAUCAGCUUUCACUUUUUAAUCUUCUAUUUUUUGACCGUACAUGGCUGCACCAGGCCGAAACAGCCCAUCAUUGUCCUGCUGAUCGAAACCUGUUGUGAAUGUGAAGGGUUUUAUCUUACAGACAUGAUUCAUUGCAGUCUGCAGUUCAAUGAAACCUCUGACGAAUCCAGCCUUUAUUAAAUAUGUGAAUCUCAUCAGCGCUACAGACGCGUUGUUCCAGUAUAAGCUCUGUGUCUCAAAAAUAACACACAUUUCUUCUGUCUCUUGGCACAAGUGUUUUGUGGCUGAUGUUGCCAGCUGCUUAGGUUGUUAAGUGGAUCAUCUUGCUCUGUUUUGUACACACUACAUGGUAGUGUGUAACCUCAAGAGUGUUUUUUGUAACUAUCUGCUUAGCACCUCAUAAAUAUUACCCAUUCUGCUGUAAUUGAGUGACUUAGGAGUGAAAGUGUGUGUGUUCACUAAGCUUCAGGG